UUAUGAAUAUUUUGCCCUUUAUUACCCACAUUAUAUAUCAAUUGCGCCUCUUCUUUCAAUUUAAAGUGAAUGAAUGCCUUUGUGGUCCAAGUGCCAAAAAUAAUAUCCGCCAAAGGCAAAAAAGAAAGUUGUUGGAGGGCAUCAGACAGAUGUUUUAUUCUCCUGACCAGCCUCAUCAACAUAAACAAAAUCGCAAAAGACACAAUGAUAAUACGCCUCAGACUACUAUUCCAAAUGGGGCAUUUCCUUACGAUAUUAAUUCAAUCUACCCACUAUUCACAACGACAAAUACGAUGCCACCAAAUUUGUCAUUCGGGAUUUUCCCAUCACCGCGCUUUCAUUCUCCAGCCUUACUUCCAUUAUUAGCUUUACAAAAUAUGGCAACACAAAUUGUCAAUUAUUCUGUGAAUUCACCAACUAACCAGACUACAAAUAGUAGUAUUUUUCCACAAUUGCCAAGUAUACAACAGAAACAACAAAAAUUACUUGAAUGGAUUCAGGCCAUGCAACAACAACGACCAAUCGCAGAAUCGAUGGUACAUCAGUAUUUAACGCCAAAAAUGCACGAAAAUACUAACUCAAUUUCAAACAGUAUUCUUAAAAAUGAAGCAAACGUCGUAAAGAAAUUCGACUUUUCAGACAUUUCUUCAUGUGUUAACAAUGAACAAAGAUACAUCAGAGAGAUAAAGACAGAAACAGAAGGUUUAGAAGCAAAAGAUUCUGCCUUUACUAAAACGCACGUCUCCCCUGAAGCCUCCUCUGCUUCACUUUUUGAAGCAGCGAUUGUAAUUGCAGCGGCCGCAGCUUCCGCUGCAGCUGAACAAAAAACUACUGAUACAUUCAUACAAGUGAAUAUUCACCAAAACAAUAAUAAUCAAUCCCACACGUAA